GAUUAACGUCACUUGUCUCUAAGACUCCAAGAUUGAUCUUGCUAAGACUCCAAAAUUGAUCUGAUUUAAAGCCAAAAUAACCUAGCGCCUCACAUGCAUUAAACAGUUGGCAUGUUUUUGUCAAAAUGAACUCAUCACAUCGUACGAUCAUAGUUUCAACUCUGGCUCUAAUCACUUCCGGAGGACUGAAUACAUCAUUAUUUUAUCUUAUUUGAUGGAUAGCCAGUAGCCGCACACAUGUUUACCGUUUUACAUUACAUAAAUGCCUAAAUGGUGAGGACCCAAAGGAAAUGGUAUAUGGCCGAUGUUGUACUCAACAGAUUGUUAAAAUAUCACUAAAAUGGCUAAUCCGACCACGGCCAACAGCCUCAGCUCUGUACGUGGUUGCUGUUGUAUGUGUGCUGGGGACAAUGUUAAUAUCACUUUCUCAAAUAUUCCAUGUUCAUACGACAAUUUCACCACCUGCUCACCACUGGUCAAUUCACUUUCUGUCAGACACAGGAAUUCAUGGCAUGAAUUAUACCAACAUCACAGAAAGAAACGAAACAAAAUUCAUUUGGACACACCCAGAAAUAGACAUAUUACACAAGGAACCAUUCCAGUUUUUAAAAAAGUACAAAAAUCCGUGUUGGCAAGAACCUUUAUACACCACGAAUGUUUAUCAGAACAAUAAAUACAGCUUACUGUCACCACAUGUUCGUAGUACCAUUAUUCGUUUAAUGACAGAAUGGAGCACACGACUUGCAAGGGACCAAAUACCUCAAAGAAUGAGAUGUUUGCCGUAUUUUUUCAUAAUUGGACAGCCCAAAUGCGGAAGUACUGAUUUAUUUAGGAGAAUUCUACAGCAUCCUGAUGUAGUUUCUCCUCCAAUUAAAGAGCUUCAUUGGUGGUCAAGAAACAGAAUGGGUAAAAGACUUAACUAUACCGAUAUCAUACCCCUGUCAGACUAUAUAGACAUGUUUGAUCAUGCAGCAGUUCAGAUAGAGAGAAGAGGGGACAAAGUCAAACAUCAGAUUGUCACAGGUGAAGCCAGUGUUUCAGUGAUGUGGGAAAAUGAUGAUUGGUGGCAUUUACCUGAAAAUGUAGGACAAGAUGAACCACUGUACACAAACGCAGAUUAUAUGAAACACUUUCUUCCUAAUUUGAAAGUUAUAAUUAUUUUGAGAAACCCAUCAGAAAGGUUGUUUUCUGAUUACCUAUACUUUAAUCCCACAGCUAAUAAGUCGUUAGAAGAUUUCCACAAGAAGGUUAACUUUUCGGUGCAGCUUUAUGAAAAUUGUUUUAAUAACCAUUCCAUACGCCAUUGUCUUUAUAACUACACAAUAGGCAUGGCAUCGCAGGUACGACUUAGGAUAGGAGUUUAUAGCGUCUAUUUAAAGGACUGGUUGAAAUUAUAUCCACGAGAUCAGUUUCUGGUUCUUACUUUGAAUGAGUACUCUGGAAAAAUGCUAAAAACCAUGAAGAAAGUAUUCAAGUUUCUGAAACUCCGGCCUCUUUCGAAAGAACAAUAUAUAGCAAUGAAAAAGCUGAGAAGGCAGAAUAAAAGAAAAUAUAAAGAUACAAAAGUCGGAGCCAUGAUGAACAAAACCAAACAAAUGCUUGAGACAUUUUAUGGACAGUUUGAUAAUGAAUUAUCAGAAAUCCUUGGCUAUGAGUUUUCCUGGGAAAGUAUGGAAGAGCAUAAUAACAGUUACGUCAAAAAUGCUCCUGUUGUUGAUGAAAAUGAUUAUUUUUGAUCAAAUUAUGCCUCAGCACAUAACAUAAAAACAAAUUAAGUUUUGAUGAAAGAUCAUACUAACAGUUGCGUUAAAAAUUCUCCUAUAAAUGAUGAUAAUGACGAUUUUGAUCAAAUUAUGCUUUAGAACAUAAAACAAAAACAAACAAGCUACUUACGUACAAAAUUAUAAUGUAAUCAUCUUAAUGCAAGGGAUGCUCCUACAAUAUAUAUUUCUGAAAUAUGUUGGAUCAGUUUCAUAUUUUAAGGUUUUAAUGCCGAAUUAUUAUCUUUGGUUGUUUUUAUGUGUCCGCUGCUGUUGAAAUUAUGUAUACAGACCAAUAACAACUCAAGGAAUCUGUAAACGUUUGAACAGCCACUGUUGGUACUGUUCCGUCUUCAGUUAAACUAAACUAGUGCUUACAAUCCUAGCCACUGUCAGUAUUGUUAUUUUUCAUUGUCAUUAAAAUAUUGCUUCAAAAAAUCUACUGGCCAUGACUUUACUAAUAAGAUCUCUUCAACUCUUUAUGGGAUGCAAAUUAUAUAUAUAUAUAUAUAUAUAUGUGAAGAAAUACUCAUUUUAAAUAUAAUUUCACUUUUAUUGUUUUUAUGAAAAACCUUUAUACUGUGUAUAAAUGCUGACUUUCAGAUAUUAAUUUGUGUAUAUUAUAUUGUACAAUGUAAGUUAAUGUGGACAUUAAAUGUCUAUUAUAAAUGUUUGAUAAUGCAGUGCAUUUAACCAUAAUAAAACAUAUGAAAACUGAAAAA